AUGGGGUCUGUCAAGCUAUUCCCCUGUUCCCUUCAACUGCCGGACUCGACUUUUCCCCUGUCGGUGCUCGUACUAUCAUACUUACUUUCUUCCACCUCGCUUUUCCCUUACUUGAGUCGCGUUGACGCUAUUCCCUUGUAUCUUUCAUUUUGCUUUGGUGCAUUUUUUCACCGUAUGAGCGAUGUGGAGCGAUAUUCUAUCUUCCUCGCUACCGGCCACAUCUUGUUUCAUUCUAUUACUCUCGCCCUUUCUGGAAACCCCUUCCACCCUUGCAUUGGUUCUGUCUUUUUCAACUUCUUUUUUUGA